AGCACGAGACUCGGGGCACUCCACGCGUUUUUCACGACGUGUGCAUCACGAGUCUGAAGGAAUCGGCCGCUCAAUUUUCCCCCUGAAGGACGAGUCCAGCAUCCGUUGGUACCAGGCACAGUGUAUCAGACGCCGUGACGCAAUGGCGCUUUCCGGUUCAUCGAUCGUGAUCGUUUUCAUCGGCGUGGCCGCUUACGCGGCUGCCGGACCCGUUCAGGCUGGACCGAACACGGUACAACAGAAUGAAUAUGGGGUAUUGCCGGAUUCCUUUACAAGAUACUGGGAAGAUCGAAGUAUGGGCAACCGCAAUAUAAAUGGUGUCGGCGGAGGCCAUCUGUUGCGACAGGGACGUCGAGGGCUGGAUUCGUUAUCUGGAGCAACCUUUGGUGAGAGCAAGAGGUUUAUACCUUUCAGAAACUUAGUUUUAAAAAUUGGUUCGACACCCACACGGAUUGAGGGACCUGCUUGGCUAAGGCGGCUCAGUGUGAUGAACGUACAUCCUGGCAAUUUUGACGAGAUUGACCGAUCGGGGUUUGAUCGCUUCUCAAAGAGGAACAUCGACGAGAUUGAUACCGCGUUCGACAGCUUCUUCAAGCGAAACUUCGAUGAGAUCGAUCGAGGUAGUUGGAGCGGAUUCGUCAAGAGGCUCAAUAAUUAUCUGGCGGACAGGCAGCGACGUUAAUCGGCGCAGGACAGGUGGAGAGGAUAGCGAGAUGAAGGGCACAGAAAGGGCGAAGGGCAAAGAGAAGGGCAGCGAGAAACAUCGGAACGAAUUGUACACACACUCACUCUAUUAAAAGAAAAAAAAGACUCGUUUAAUUUACGUGAAAUUUAGAAAAAAAAUAUUCGACGCAAAUUAAAAUCAAUCCCUUUGCCAUUGCUGUUUUCUAAUGGCUGCGAAUUUAAAACCGGAUAUAUUACAUCGAAACUUAUUACAUGGCAAAACGCAAAAUGUGAUGAGAUUAUUUUUCGAACAAAAUCGAGAGGCAUUUUUUUGGAUGAUAACAUUGCUUGACAUAAUUUUUUCUCUUCUAGAUCGAUAUGCUGAAAACCACUAAAUGUACUUUCAAAUCCAAAUUCUAGAGGAUAAACUAAGAAAAGUGAUAGUGGGUCUCACUUUCGAGAUAUUGAUAUAAUUAUGCAAAUAUUUGAUAUUAAUAACUUAUAAAAUUUUGAUGAAUUAUAAAUUCCAGAGAUGGAAAUGGAUAAACUAUAUCGCACGAUUCAAUUAAAUUUAAAGUAGGUUUCUUUUUAUAGAAAUUAUUUUUAGCUGUAAUAUAUUCUUAAAGUAUUUAAUAGCAAAAGUUAAAUACUUGCAACCAAUAAAGGCCUAUUUAAAAACUUUUGUACAAUAAAAAUAGAAUCGGUGGCUAUGGCAAAACAUUCGUUAGUUCAUCCUCUAUGAAUUAAGCAAAAGAAAAAAUAUAUACAAAGAGAUUAUUUUACUCAAUUGAAUCCACGAAAGAAUCUGCAUGAGAGCAAAUUAUCAUUUAUCUUGAAAAAUAGUUCUUAAGUGAAAGUAAUUGGAUUUAUUUCAAAGAAGCUCUUACUCUCGCUAUAUCUUCAACGACUUUUUCGAAACACGCUGCAUCGUAAAAAUGAUAUUAACUUACAUCUAAAUAUGAACGGCGUGUAUAUAUCGUUAAUGUGUAAUUAAUUGUAUAUAUUAACUCAGCUCAGUGUGUGAAUCUCAGAAUUAUAUACAUAUAUGGUGAAUACAAAAUCGAAUACUCAACGCGAUUAAAUCUUAGGAAAGCGGCAGGAGAUACAAACAUUAUGGUGUGUCGUUCCUCUUUAAAAAAAAAGGAAACUCGUUUGAAAGAGUUUCUAUUGAAAAAUACUAAAAAUACUCGAAUAUCUUUAUGUCCAAAGGCAUGACCUGGCAAAGAAAUUUCUUCUCUCUUUGUAAUUUAGAAAUGAUUUAAAACUAUUUCGUCGCUUUGACGAAAUUUAACCGAUUGGAGAUCGGAUAAAAUAUAUCACGUGGUUUGUCCUCUUUACUCGUAUGCAAAUUCUGUCAUUCUGCAAAAGUGUACUAUCUAAAAAAAACGAUAAUAAAUUUCUGGCUAAUUAGA